UUUUAUAAUUUUUGUUAGGUUUUGUCUCGCGUGCGCAAUGAGUAACCGUUUUACAUGUACGCAUUUUUAUUAGUCGCGCGCACACAUGUAAUCAAUGAAUGGAUUCUAAUGCAUUUCCAGAGUAAAAGCAGAUUAAGAUGAAGAAAUUCGCAGAUUGCUUUUAGUCAAGCGAUCAAAAAACAAUCAUGUUGUAACAUAGGGGAAAUCGAAAAACGGAGAAAGUAGAGUCAAGAGUGUACUGAUUGUUAGACGAAGAAAGAGAGAAAAGGAGAUGGUGGCAGUAGUGUAGUAUGCUGGUGGUAGUGGGUUGGUGGUGGUGGUGGUGUUUGCCCUGACCGACUGGUUAUUCUAUAUACCUAACUAGUACGCCUUCGGACUCUGCUAGCUUUCCGUGUGUUACGGGAAGGGUGCGUGUCGGUCACGAUUAACAUAUGCCAUUCCGUAGCGGGAAUUUUGUCUCCAGCCUACGGAUAGUAGAGGUAAAGCUUUAUGAUAAGAGAAUAAAAAGAGAAGAGGAAAGAACAGACGGCAUGCUUUCCUCAAACAAUGUUCACGCAAAGUGGUAAUAACGCGCGCGCGAGACACGCGACUCGAGUAAAUCAAGAGAGUAGUACGAACAAAAGUUGUGACCCCACGCUCGGCUAGUGUUCCUUAUACUUUUUCACCUAUUUUAAAGAUACUUCAAUAUGUCUCAUCACUUUGUUACUGUAUGUGUAGUAUGUGUGUUGUGUGCUGCACAUACUCCAUGCUCAGCACACAUUGACUUCAAAAUGGCAGAUGCAAUCUCCUAUGACAUUGCAAAUCAUGAAAAUAUACCUAAUUCUAAGAACCAACUAUUAACGUCUGAAUUAAGAUCAAAGCAAUUAAUGCAACUUAAAGAUCACUUAAAGGUAAAAGCAAAUACAUUGGAUCAAGUAAAACAUGACAUUAAAAAAUACAUUGAUACUCAAGAAAUUAAUAACAGUAAACAUGUAAUUACUAAAGUUGUGCCAAUCACUGUUGAUAAAUCUUAUUCUGAAAAGAGAGUUUUGGAAAAAAAAAAGAUUAUUAAAGAUAAUCAAAAACCACAUAAGAAUGACACAAAUAUAUUAUUGAAAAAUUAUUUGGAAGUUUUAGAAAGACUUGGACAAAUUGAAUUAAUGAUUCAUGAAAAACAAGGAUUCACAUAUUUUAGUAAUGAUCAUACUAAAGAUUCUAGGCUUAGAAAAAGAAGAAGUACAGAUGUUAAUGAAAAAUACUUCAUGAAAAAAAUUUUUGAAUCCUAUGGUGAUGGCAAAAGUAUGACAAUGGAGGGUUUUGAAAAGCUGUUAAGGAAAUUAGGUUUAUUAACACUUUUGACUGAUAUAUCUAAACUAGAGGGUCAUAACAUGGGAAUUAAUCGAUCCGAAAAUCAAUUAGAGAGUAAAACUUCGCAACAUAAUGGCCUACAUGAUAAGAAUGGAAUUAAUAAAGAAAGGUGCUUAAGUGGUAAAGAGUUGCUAAAUACGGUUGCACAAGGUAGCCCAUAUAAUACAAAAAAUAAUGACACAACACUACCAAGCUGGCUUUUUGAACGUGUUUGUCCAGUUCUUAUUUAUCAAUUAGCAGGAGAAUCAAGUUUAGAAAGAACUGGGUGUAUUCUAGUGCCAGAAAGUUACAAAGCUGUUACAGAUGAUAUUGAUUAUCGUUCAGAAGAAAUAACUCGUAACAUGUUUCAAGUGUGGUUGUACUCAACGAUUAGCAUUUUAAUUAUUAGUCUUUGUGGAUUGCUUGGUGUAGCAGUAAUUCCUGUAAUGGGAAAAAUUUAUUAUCAUCAAUUAUUACAAUUCUUAGUUGCACUUGCUGUGGGAACUUUAUGUGGUGAUGCUCUUAUACAUUUGUUACCACACGCCAUGAUGUCACCAAUGGCACAUAAUCAUGAACACGGUCAGGCUCAUGAAAGUCAUUUUAUAACAAAUCACGAAGAACUACAUAAUCUAAAUAUGUGGAAGGGUUUUAUAGCUAUGAUUGGUCUAGUAUUGUUCUUUUUUACUGAGAAAGCUUUAACAGUGUUAGCAGAAUGGAGAAAACAUCGUCAACGUCGUAAUAAAUUACCAUCACGUGUGAGAGUUAUGAGAGAAUCUGAUGGUCCUAACAGUAAUGUUGUUGGCGAAAAACUCUGUAAACAUAAAUAUUCUUCAUAUCCAUAUUGUUAUGGUGAAAUUACUACAGAGACGCAAGAUAAUCAUCAUAAUCGACAACAUAAGCAAGAUAAACCACCUGUUAUCGAUGAAGAAAAACCAUUAACAGCAAACUGUAAUUCUGUAUCAAAAAUGAUGACAAAUGAUAUUGAGAAAAAAACAACUGAUGAUUGGAGGUUGGAUGAUUCCAUUGUAAAUAAUGCAAAAAAAACUACAGAUGGUGCUGAUAUACCUUUAAAUGAAUCUGAAAGUUAUACUGUUAUCAUACGCGAGCAUGAAACUAAACAUCAUGGCCAUACACAUUCUCAUGGUCAUGUACAUUCUGCACCAGAAUCAAUGUCAAGCGUUGCUUGGAUGGUAGUAAUGGGAGAUGGCCUACAUAAUUUUACGGAUGGCAUGGCCAUAGGUGCAGCUUUUGCAGCAAACAUAGCAGGUGGAUUUUCUACAGCUAUUGCUGUUUUUUGUCAUGAGUUACCUCACGAAUUAGGUGAUUUUGCAGUAUUGUUAAAAGCAGGUAUGAGUGCUAAACAAGCAGUUUUUUAUAAUCUUUUGUCAUCGGUACUAUGCUUAUUUGGUAUGAUAGUUGGUGUGUUAUUGGGCAGUACACCAGCAGCAACCAGUUGGAUAUUUUCUGCUGCUGCUGGUAUGUUUAUAUAUAUAGCUUUAGUAGAUAUGAUACCAGAAUUAUCUUCAAGUCAUUCUGCAGAGCGCAGUUCACACUGGCAAUGCAUGUUACAAGCAUUAGGAUUAUCAUUGGGUCUUGGUAUCAUGCUAAUUAUUGCACUUUAUGAACAUGAUCUUAAACAUAUAUUUAAUGAUUAAAUUAUAUAUAUAUCGGAAGUAUUUUUGAAGAAUGCACAUUUACCAAUGAAGUUCGUUAUUUAUAAUAAAGGAGUCUUAUAUUGAUAACUAUGAAACUAUAUAUAAGAUAAUACAGAAGGUAUAAAAAUAUCAAGAUAAAUACUGCAGCACUAAGAGAAUAACUGAAUAACUAGAAAAAUUAAUUUAAACACAACGACAAUAUUUGAAGUAUACUUACAAGAUCAAGUAUUCAGAGUAUACUUCUGAUUAUUGAAAUACUGUUCUUACAGAGAAUGUAUUGAUAAAACCUUAUUUUCAGUAAUUAGAUAAAGAACUUUAUAAUAUAUUACCUAGUUCUUUUAUCUGUUACUUUAAUAUUACAUAAAGUGAUUGUAUAUAAUUGCUGCUAUAAAUUACAUGAUACAUUCGCUUAUGUGUUGAAAAAUAUCGCGUGUUUAAAUUAAUAUUAAGUGUAUAAUAUUAAAUGAAAGUUGCCUUAGAAUUAAAACUUGCCACUGUUAUUAUGAAUAGACUGCAAGCAUAUAUAAAAAAUAUUAAUGUUAAAGUAAUUAUUCAUUAAACAUUAAAUACAUUUUAGAUUUAUUUGAGAACACUUUUUAUUACAAAAUUCACUUUCAUUCAAUUCACUGCUUUUUUUAUAUAAGAAAUUUGUUAUUAUCAAUAAAAAAAAUGUAUUUACUUUGGCAAAUAUUGUCAAAAGAAUUAGGCGAUAUAUUUAAUUUGUUUCAUAUAUAUGUUGAAUAUCUAUCGACGUGCAUUAUUUUACAUACUUUAAAAUCUUGAUAAUUUUUAUAAUUAUAUCUAUUAUAAGUAAUUUAUAGAAACCUAUAGCAGCAAUUACAUAAAAAUAUUUAGUUAAGAUGGCUUCCAUUAUUUUGUAAGUAAUCUGAUACUUAAAUCAGAAGUUAGUUUAAACAUUUAUAAAAUAAGAUAGAUAUUUAAAGGUUGCUUAUAAAUUAAAAUAAGUUAUAAUUUAAUUAAUGCUUUUUAAAUCAAUAGAUUAUUCGAUAUUAUAUAAAUUUCUAUUUUUUAAGAAAUUAUCUUUUCUACGUAUUAAUUAUACAGAGACAAAUAGACACAAUUGCAAUUGUAUUUACUUAUGGUAUCAUAGUAACACUGGAUAUUUAUCAUCAUGCCUAUCUUUGCACUUCAAUAAAAAUAUUCAGAUGUUCCAUAUAAUAUUUAUAUACUUAAAGAUUCCUAAUUUAAUAUGUUUGCAUUAUGUAUACUUAUCAAAUGAUAUUUAAAAAUAGAAUUAAUUCUAUUAUGAACAUAUAUAAAAUCCAAACAAAAUAGAAUUCCAUUAUGCAGUUGAUUUUAAUAUAAUAUUCUCACAUAUAUUCAUAAUUAAAAAAUCAUUUAUCUAUUCAAUUUCAAUAUAAUCAUUUUCAUUUAUAUGUAUUUCAGUAUCGGGAAAUGAUAUUAUUGCACUGGUGCUCAUAUAUAUCAUUAUUAAUAUAUUUCUUAUUCUUAUGUAUAAGAUUGUUCUAAUAAAUAAAAAUAAAACUGGCUUUAGCCAUAAUAGAUUAUCAGUGAUACAAACAAUUAAGUAUGAGAAUUGUAGCAUAAAUAAUCGAAUUAAAUAAUGAUGAAAUAAAUAAAUUAAAAUGUUUUAGAAGAAUUUCUACUUUGUAAAGGUAUCAAUCUAAAUCACAUUUAUUUAUUAAGUUUUGUAUAAAUGUACCAGAGGAAAAAACUGUGAAUUACUGUAUCAGAAAAUAUAUAGCAUUAUUGUUUAUCUAUCUUCAUACAGAGCAAAAGUUAUGAUACUGAAAAUAUAAUAUUUUGAUAGAUUCAUGUUAUAUCUGAAUUUCAUAAAGAACAGAAUUUUAUAUGUACUCACAUUAAUCGUAUAUUAAGAAUUGAUUAUCUACCUUUAUAUAGAAAUAAGAAAAGUGAAGAAAGCUAGCUAUGAUAAUUUAUAUCUGCAGGUGAUUAAUUAUCUGAAACAAUAAAAAAGCCUGUAGCAAUAAAUAUAAACAUUUAAAGAUAAACUUAAUAUAUCUUAUUGUGUACAUGAUAUUUUACUUUAAAAAUAUACCUUUUUGUUACUUUGAUAACUUUAAAUAACCCACCAAUAAAAAUAGAAAAAUCUUUCAAUCACUUUCAAUAUGAGAUUAAUUGAAAGUUAACGUUAUUAUGCAAAUUUUACUUAAAUUCGAGAGGGUAUAAAUGUGCCACAAUGUCAUUUUAUAAUUAUCAUUAGUAGAUAUAUAAUUAAAUAUAUAAUUAUCAUAAAGUUAUACUUAAAAUUUCAAUGAUACACAUGUAUAACGUAUAUAUUUCUCAUUUAUGUUUACUACACAUUUAUAAACAUGUAUACCAUUGAAAAAUAUCAUAAAUUACAUGUAUUUAUCAACACUGUAAGGUUUAGCAAUUAAAUAAAUUUAAGCACAUAUUGUA